AGUUUUUCUGCAACUUUAUCUUGUAAAAAAGCUUACAGAAAGGACAAACAUCAUAGAAAAGGAUUUAAGGAUAAACUCUUGUGCUUUGCAAACGUUUUCUUUUUUAAGUUUUUGGAGGAACUUUUAUCUGCUAAGCGCCCUAAGUGAUUUGGAUUAAGUUCAUCACCCUGUAUGACAGCAACCUGCGUAUGCGUAUUUUUAACUAAACGUCAUUUUGCGCAGCACCUACGGAUAUAUUGGAGCAUUUUGGAUGCGCGCUGAAUGCGCACAUGGACACGUAAGAUGCGGAUUAUGGUGCCAUGGUGGCAGACUUUAAAAUGACGACUUUUGGCGAGCAGUUGGUGCGCUCAGAAUGGCCCGGGAGGAUUCAGUGAAGUGUCUGCGCUGUCUGCUCUACGCUCUCAACUUUCUCUUCUGGCUUAUGGCCCUGUGUGUGCUGGGAGUGGCCGCCUGCCUCAGGGAUCACCUGAACAAUGUGUUCACCUUAACCGCCGACACCAGACUGGAGGAGGCAGCCAUUCUCACGUACUCCCCCGUUGUCCAUCCCAUCGUCAUCGCCGUGUGCUGUUUUCUAAUCAUCGUGGCUAUGGUGGGCUACUGCGGCACGCUCAAGUGCAAUCUGCUCCUACUGUCUUGGUAUUUUGGCAGUCUGAUGGUGAUAUUUUGCGUGGAGCUGGCCAGCGGCGUAUGGACGUACGAUGAGCCUAUGGUACAGAGGUCUGAUAUGAUAAGUCUAAAAUCACGUAUGCCUCAUUUUGGCCUGCAACGCUACCAGUGGCUCACACAUGCGUGGAAUUCAAUACAGACCGAGUUAAAAUGUUGUGGAGUGAUCUACUUCACCGAUUGGCUGGAGAUGACAGAGAUGGAGUGGCCACCGGACUCCUGCUGCUCCAAUCAGUAUCCAGGGUGUGCCCGCCACGCCCACUAUAAUGACCUCAGUGACCUUCAUCAGGAGGGCUGCGGUCCCAAGAUCUACAGUUUUAUCCGGGGUACCAAGCAGUUGCAAGUUUUAAGGUUUUUGGGCGUAUCUAUAGGAGUGGCCCAGAUUUUAGCCAUGACAUUGACUGUCACACUCCUGUGGGCUCUUUAUUACGACCACAAACCACCGGAACCGGCGACCCCGGACCCUCACAGCCCCGGAGAGGAGGCUUUAAAGCCCAAUCACUCCCAUGCAAGAGUGCCUGAGGCCUGGACAAACACGACCCCUAAUGGACACACCCAGAUUGAGAUGGAGCAGCUUUCCUAGCAGCCAAUCAAAUCAGACAGAUGCCAUUACACUGUGAAGAUGCUAUAAGGACGACACUGAAUGGAUACGACAGAAGGGAAUUGGAGCAGAAAAUGGACACAUGGAAUAUUAAGCAGUUUUGCGUGCUGGAUGACAAGAUUGUUUGUAUAAGGAGUGAAGACACUUUUUCAUUGGCUGUACAUAGAAAACUGUGCCUGACAAGACAAUCUGUGACUUAACAGACAUUGUUGUGUGUAUGAAGGUACCGACCGGCACAUAAUGAUCUACAACCUGAUAACCAAGCCAAUUCUAAAUGACUAUCAUGGGUAAUCUUGAGCCAAAAUUGACUCACAAAAUGAGGAAAAACUCCUGCCAACUACUUCCUAGGAUGGGAUUUAUAUUUCUAUCACCAAUGAUCAAAUUGCACACACAGGAUUGUGGGAUAAAAUAGACAGUAAAUGAUACAUUUACAUUUAUGCAUUUGGCAAAUGUUUUUAUCCAAAGCAACUUACAGUGCAUUCAAUAUAUACAUUUUCUUAAUCAGUAUUUGUGUUCCCUGGGAUUGAACCCAUCAUCUUUGCAUUAUUGAUGCAAUGCUGUACCAGUUGAGCUACAACCAGAUUUUCGGAUUUGAAAAAUGCAGUGCUGUCUUCUUACCUCUGUAUGUUGCCUGCAAAUGUAGGUUCUUGUACCUCAGGUUGUAAUAUCUCAAACGAACUAUGAGUGGAAAAUCAAAUGUGUUUGCUUAAAUUUUCCUAUUCAAUGGACUAUUAAACAACAAGCUGCAAACCA